ACGGAGGAUUACCGUCCCAACCAUGCUCAAGUCGAAGAAGGCCAAACGACCUCCUCCCAAUCUCUCAUUGCAUACAAGUCCUCUCUGUGUCAUCAAAGGUGAUCCAGAGAAAAAUAUCCAACUACGACCCCCAGGCUCAAACGAUGACAACGAAGUCCUGACGUUGGGUUCAGACGAGGAGCUCGACCUCUCCAAUGCCUCCACCAGUCUCGACGAUGAGUAUCAUGCCCUCCAUCUUCUCAGAGAGAACGUGAAGAGGAAUCUUCGCUUACGCCCAAUCAAGAGCUCUUCCAAUCUACGGCACCAUCCAGAUCCUAUUGCUCCUGCGCCGUUGAGCUCCGCAUCCGACUACUUUACACCGCUUUCUCCAAGUGCACCCAAGCAAGCACAUCCGAUUCAUCCAAGUAGCUUGGCAUCGAGGCUGUCGGGGAACGGUGGCUGGUCAGAGCAGAAAACUGCAGAAUCUGGCCGUCAGUCUUUGCCGUUACUCAUUGAUACUCGUCCACCUGCAGCCCAUAUCGAUUCCCAUAUCCGGGAUAGUAUCAACAUUGCCAUUCCUUCGUUGAUUCUCAAGCGAAUUUCCAAGUCCAGUAAUCCAACCGCAACGUUACCGACUCUUCACUCCUUACGACAGUUCAUAUCUACAGAGUCCGGGAAAGCAACCUGGGACUCGUACUUGGCUUCCUAUCCCGCUCCAGAGUCCCCUACAAAUCGUUUAUGGGAUGGCGAUAUCGUCAUAUACGAAGAUGAUAUACGAACUCAUCCCAAAGAUGCUUCGUUCAAGGCUUCUUCUUUGGUAGCCUUCACCUUGUUGCCCCUCCUUCAACUCCUUCUACCCCCGGGUGGUUCAGUCGACUACUUGUAUGGGUCUAUAUCCCAUCCAGCUUUGAACUCGUUUAUCGUGCGAAAGACAACCGAAACCGGGACAGCUUACAAGUCGAACUCGAACACUCUCCAUCCUCUUCAUUCGACAAGUGACGCCACCACCCCAGGCCCAGGUUCCGGCCUGUUCAAUCUUGAUACUCAGCUCGCAUACAAAUCUAGGCAUGCCAAAACCCAGGCGUAUCAGAUCGAGACCUCUUCAGCCACUUCCGAGCAUCCUCCCUCCCCUUUGACUCUCACAGCACCUAAAUCCCCGUCACCACUUUCCUUACAACCACCAAAAUCCCCUUUACCAGCUCCUCUAUCAAUACCACCGUCAUACAAAGGAACAAAAUCACUGUCCCUUGCACAACCUCCAAAAUCGCCGCGAGACUUAAAUUCUCCCAAGUCACCACCACCCUUUAAUCCUCCAAAGUCCCCGUCACCCCUUACUGUUCCUCCAACCUCCUCAAAUACUCCUUCACCUCCGCCCUCAUUUAUUCAUCCGCCCUUCAAACAUCCAUCCAUCCCAAAUCUCCGAACGAACACCACUUCCCUCGAAAAGCUCCCUAAGUUGUCGACCAGUUUCCCUUCAUUAUCACUGCGCAACCGUGCUGCUUCGUCCGUUGUGCCAUCUACUCAGCCAAGUAUUGCCUUGGCGAUCUCCACAGCUGCAAACGAAGAGAAAAAGAGAAAUGGGACCUCAAGAACGGCACCCACCUCUCCCGUGGCCCAUCUCCCCGGCUCCGUCCCAAAACUUCCCAGCCUGGCCCCUGCUAUCAACGCGAUUGCAUCCCGUCAUACGCAACAGAACUCGAUAACGUCUCCCAUUUAUUCAGCAUACUAUACCCCACCGCACACUCCUUCACAAGUCUUCCCUUCUUAUGCUGACGUGUUUUCAAGUAUCCCUCCAGAUCCUCCCAUCUCAGACGAACAGACACAAGUUCUUUCUUCGUUGACGCCGAAAGCCGGAAGGAGCCCGACGACCGCCAGAGGUUCGGGAGAAUGGCCGGCUGUCCCUCCUCCUCCUCCUCUCCCUACGCUAUCGGCAGCUGUUUCAGCUUCGUCACACUGGACUAUUAGUCAUGGAAACGGCUACGAUAGCAUAACCUCGCCUGCUUAUGAGGAACCCCCACGUAUGUCGUUCAAUACGUCGUUCGACCGAUCCUUCGCGGAUUCCCCACCUCCUACGACCUCUUCGACUGCUUCUGAGGAUGAGGGUGAGGCUAUACCUGGUUUUGUUGUGUCAACUAUAUUACCCGGUUUCCUCUACCUGGGCCCUGCACCUAGUUUACCGUCCCAUUCUUCUACCCUUUUGGACCUCGGAGUAAAGCGUAUUUUGAACAUGGCGAUUGAAUGUAAUGAGGACGAUUAUGGGCUUGCAUUGGGAAGCGUUUUUGAGAAAUACACAAAGAUCUCUCUCCGUGAUAUUGUAGAAGAAGACGCGAUUCCUCGUGUUGUGAGAGAGGUGUGCGAAGUCCUCGGUGAGCAAUAGUCUCGAGGUCUUCAUCCUCAACAUUCUGUCGAAAGUCCAUGUUUGCUCAUCUCAUCCUGAAGACUCUGCACGCCUCCACUCCGCUCCCACUUACGUCCAUUGCAAAGCUGGUAAAUCCAGAUCGGUGACCGCGGUCAUUGCGUACUUGAUACAUAGUCAUCACUGGACCUUGGGGAGGGCGUACCGGUUUGUCUGCGAGAGAAGGAAAGGGGUAUCCCCAAACAUCGGCUUUGUCUCCGAACUCAUGACAUUUGAGGAGGAAGAACUCGGAGGCAAGAGCGUCGGAGUCGUUCACCACCCUUCACUUCACCAGCACGGGCACAAUCUCUCUCAUCAUCAUCAUGGUCAUCAACCGGUCAACAGAAUACGGAAACCGAGUAACGCCAAUCUAAAUGGAGACGGACCUGGUCACGGAGCCAGUCAAAGCAUAAGCGGGCCGAUUAUGUACAGUAGUUCUGCCUCUACAGGCUUAACCUCGACGGGUUCUUCUUCAGCGUCCACUUACUCUUCCACAUCAGGCUCGUCUAUCGGCAUAGAAUCCUCUCCGUCCUUAUCUUCGUCAUCGACUUUACCGAGUGAAUACGACGAUAACGACUCUGAUCCUCCUUCUUCCACCUCUACCCCCGACGCAAAGGCAGGUUUACCGGUGAUCAAUACCACUUUCGCCGAUUGCAACUCGGAAUUGUCUGGAUCCACGGGCUCGAAACGCCAUCAACCGAGCUCAACGACGUAUCAUCCACAUCAAAUCCCGUUGUCUGCGCAAGAACCCCCGAGUUAUUCUCAACAUUCUCACGAGAGUAAAAACGACUUGUUGGGAGGGUCGGGGUCUCUUACACCACUUACGUCGAAUAACCCUUCGCAUGAUCCGUUCCAGGAACUUGAGAUUCGUGAUAGUUCUGGGAGGUAUAGGCAUGCUAGGCGAGCGCCUGUUGAUGAACAAACGCUACAGCCUAUGAGGAGGGUGAGUAAAGCUGGCUUGGAGAGUUGGGGGUGGAAGGAUGGUGAGGAUGAGUAGGGGUUGAGAUGGGCUCGUGAAGGAUUCUGAUUUGACUUUCUUUUCGACGUUUGUUUUUAUGUUCAUCCGUGAAUAUCUACCGUUGGCAUUCUUCUUUUCGUUCUAAUGAUUUUCGAUCUGCUUUGUUUCUCCUGUCUCUCUCACUCUCGAGUCUCUUGGUCUUGUAUAACAGCUUAUUAUUCUCUUCCGAGGUAUCGUUGAUCAUAUUCGUGCUCUGUCAUUCCAUCAUCCAUUAUCCAUCGACACUCACAAGCCAUUGCAUUGUACAACUUUCAGUACAGUUUUCAGGGAAUCGAAAUCGAUGAUACGGGUUC